AUGUUUUCGCGACGCAGUCAUUCAUCUUUCUCUCCCCAGAGUGGCUUCUCUCUCUUUUUGCUAUCCGUCUUUUCUUUACUUUCCUUCUCGUGGGGUCUCCAGAUCUGGCCAAACUCGUCAUCGUUGCCAGACACGAUUCCACAAACAUGCCGUGAGGCCUUGAGUGCAAACAUCACCUGCUCUCCGAGUCUGAUAUCGGCACAGUCAAUCGCUCUGCAGUCACAGCUGAGCAACAAUCUUUUGACAGAGUAUUGCACGUCUUCUUGUCAAAAUUCCCUCUUGUCUUACCAAGCCAAUAUCCUUCAAAAUUGCGGAAACGAAACCUAUGCCUUCUCUGAUACCACAAACCAGACUGGCUCUGCAAUUGCAGACCCUCUGGUUUGGGCAUACAAUGUGGCGUGUACCACCGAUUCCGACCAGACAACUUUCUGUCUUCCUGGGCUCUUUAACAGGACUUACUCUGCGUGCUCUAAUUGCUUGCUUCGCUAUGAAGCCAAUCUGCUGGGGUCCAACUACGGACGCGCCAUAGUGAAUCCGGAUUCGUUCUCCUCUCAGCUCUCAUCGUGUAGCGUGCCAGCAACGAGCUACCCUUAUUCGACUCCUGCAUCUACACCUACUGCCACGUCGAAUUCCACUGCUCCUACGGCGACGCCGUAUUGCUCUGGUGAUACAUACACUGUCCAGUCUGGCGAUACAUGUGUUAGCAUUGGUCAAGCCAAUUCAGUAGCAACUGACCGUCUCAUCUCUCAAAACAAUCUUGAUUACAACUGUACUACCCUUCAACCGGGGGAUGAACUUUGCCUGGGAAGCACGUGCCAACUUCAGACUGUGCAGCAAAAUCAAACAUGCGAUGAUAUUCUGGCAGAUCAGCCAUAUUAUCUCUCGCAGUUGAUUGCAUGGAACCCAACCAUCCACAAUAGCUGCGAUAACCUAGGUAUCAUGGUUGGUCGCGGUAUAUGCAUCUCGCCUCCCGGCACUGCCUCCUGGGAGACUCCCUCCAAUUCGACUGACGUCACGACCACGCCGGUCUCCUUCGUAGUGCCAACCGGCACUUUCGCACCUGCGCCGAACGCGACUACGACGCAGAAUUUUACCACCUCGUGGUAUGUGCCGACAGUACUCCCCCCUGUGCCGACGUCGAAUUCAACCAUGAACCAAUCCACCGUGGAUGCUUUGAACGAACGAACGGAAUGGUGUCCCAUCACUUCGGACGAUGCGAGCCGCGGAUUUGUUUUUGCAGACCUUCCGGAGGAUUGCCAAGAAGCUGUAGACCCUUACUGUAACCCAGCUCCCACAGACCCCGUCCUCUCGUCAACAACUUUUGCCGCAAGUUGCUACCCGACAUAUUAUUACAAUAUGACGAAUACCGCAACUCCGACAUCGACCACUGCCGGAAACACUGCACCGACUCAGACUGGCAUCACGUCAAACUGCAACACAUUUUACAACGUAUCCAGCACCGACAGCUGUCAAACAAUUGUAGACAAGUAUCCGAAUAUUACUCUUGCCGAUUUCUACUGCUGGAAUCCUGCUGUCGGCUCGACUUGCAAAUACCUCUACCCAGGAUAUGAUGUCUGUGUUGGUGUUUCGUCGCCCGUCGCCUCCUGCUCGGCAACCUCUACAUCAGUUUCACCUUCUGGCACUGGCUCAGCAGGUUCAACCCCAUCGCCUCUCAUGCCCGAUACCUGGACCAACUGCUCCAAAUAUUACCAGAUCAAAGAUGGAGAUGGAUGCUGGGACGUUGAGCAAAACAAUACUAUCUCGAAAGACCAGUUCAACACUUGGAACCCUUACGUUGGGUCCAAUUGUCAGAACUUCUGGCCGGGCUACUAUCUCUGUGUUAGUCCACCAUCCAGCAGUUCUUCUACCGCGCAAUCUACUACGCCGACGUCGACCACACCAACAGCCACUUCUAGUCCUUCGUCUACCGUCCCAUCCCCUCUUAUGCCCUCGACUCGGGCAGAUUGUCCACAAUAUUACCAGAUUCAAGACGGUGAUGGAUGCUGGAACGUUGAGCAAAAGUAUGACAUCAGCACCGAUCAAUUCAAUGCAUGGAACCCAUAUGUCGGCUCGCAGUGUCAGAACUUCUGGCCGGGAUACUAUCUUUGCGUUGCUACGCCCUCCGGUGGCUCCUCCAGCGCUCCAUCUACGACGACAGCUUCGCCAACCACCACUUCCGGUUCUUCGUCAUCAACGGUGCCUUCGCCUCUUAUGCCAUCCACUCUGACGGACUGCUCUAAGUAUUACCAAAUUCAAAAUGGUGACGGCUGCUGGGAUGUUGAGCAAAAUAAUGGCAUCUCGGCGGAUCAGUUCAACUCGUGGAACCCAUACGUUGGAUCGAAUUGUCAAAACUUUUGGCCAGGUUAUUACCUCUGUGUUGGUGCACCCUCUGGUGCUUCAUCUACGACCAAACCUACCACUACCACUACUCAGAGCGCCUCAUCCACCUCGCCAUCGCCAAUUAUGCCAUCAAGCAAGACGGACUGCUCCAAAUAUUACAAGAUCCAAAGCGGGGACGGGUGCUGGGAUAUUGAGCAUGAUAAUAACAUCACUGCUGACCAAUUCAAUGCAUGGAAUCCAGACGUCGGAUCGGAUUGCUCCAACCUUUGGCCUGGUUAUUAUGUCUGUGUAGCCAGUUAA